UGGGGUGCCGACCGGUCCGCGGCGGCGACGGGGGUGGCCGGACCUCGAUCCCACCCCUGCGGCUUGGCGCGGGCGAUGCGAGACCUGCGGACGCGAGCGGGUUCCCAGGGCCCCUAGCCGUCUUCAUGCAGAAGAUGAGCCCUCCAAGCCCAAGUGUGGAGCAUGGUGCUUAGGAACAGUAGCUUGAGGGCCGGCGAGGUGGCUUAGCUAGCAGUGGCGCUUGCGGCCAAGCCUGACGACAUGAGUUCGACCCCCGAGCAUGGCUGUCCUUGGAUGCCCGUGUACCCUGUAGAGGCUCAAUGCCAGGUCAUAACUCAGCCACUGUGAACUUCAGGACAUAGGAAGAGCCGAGCCAGACCACCACACAGCCACAUCUUUACAGGGCAGCCUGUAGCCUCUGCAGCUCCACAGGAGGAUACACGCCACCGCUGCAUGCACUGACCAGGCCACUUUCCCAGUUACAGCCUUGUUCGUGAGGACCUGUAGGCAGCUCCCAAGAUGGGUGAAAGGAAAGGCCAAAACAAGUAUUAUCCCCCAGACUUCAACCCCGAGAAGCAUGGCUCUCUCAACCGAUACCACAACAGCCACCCCCUUCGAGAACGGGCUCGGAAGCUGUCACAAGGCAUCCUUGUCAUUCGGUUUGAAAUGCCAUAUAACAUCUGGUGUGACGGCUGCAAGAACCACAUCGGCAUGGGUGUGCGCUACAAUGCAGAAAAGAAGAAGGUUGGCAAUUACUACACAACUCCAAUCUACAGGUUCCGGAUGAAAUGCCACCUUUGUGUCAACUACAUCGAGAUGCAAACAGACCCUGCGAACUGUGACUAUGUCAUCGUGAGUGGUGCCAGUCGCAAGGAGGAGCGUUGGGAUAUGGAAGACAAUGAGCAGGUGCUGACCACAGAGCAUGAGAAGAAAGAGAAACUGGAGACAGAUGCCAUGUUCCGCCUGGAGCAUGGCGAGGCUGACCGUAGCACACUGAAGAAGGCCCUCCCCACACUCAGCCACAUCCAGGAGGCACAGAACGCCUGGAAGGAUGACUUCGCUCUGAAUAGCAUGCUCCGCAGGCACUUUCGGGAAAAGAAGAAAGCCAUGCAGGAGGAGGAAGAGAAGGACCAGGCGCUGCAGGCGAAGGCCAGCCUAGCCAUCCCUCUCGUGCCAGAGUCAGAGGACGACCGGAAGCUGGCCGCCCUGCUAAGGUUGCACACGCUGGACUCCUAUGAGGACAAACAGAAACUGAAGCGCACAGAGAUCAUUCACCGCUCUUGGUUCCCCUCGGCCCAGGGACCCAGUGCUAGCAGCAGCAAAGCUAGCAACGUCCUAAAGAAGCUGUGCCAGGGCCGCAGACCAACCCCCAGCACCACAGGCACAGUGGGGGACCUGGGCAUAGUGAGGAGAAGGUCUCGAGAAGUUCCAGGAAGCCCCCAGAGUGCAGCAGACGGUCCCUUGCCAGCAGAACCAAGAGGGCCACCAGGAGCCACCCAGGACAGCUCUCAGGAGACAGCAGCGGCCCCUAGGACCAGCAAGACACCAGAAUCCAAGAGGAACUGUAGAGAGCAGGCCUUACCCCUAGGUUCCUCCCAGGAGGACCUACUGCACCCCAGCACCCCCAGUGCCUCCUUGGUGGCUGACUACUCAGACUCAGAGAGCGAGUGAGGGAGUCAGCAUUCCGGGGACCGGAAGCCAGGACCAGGACUCGGCCAGACCUUACAGACUGCAGGCCCCGCUGCUGCCCGCCCAGCCACAGCCUUCUCUCCCUCUACAGAUCAUUAUUUAUUUAGUCUUGGUUAGGAUGUCUGUGCCUUGGGGUAACCGCUGACACCCUAACAUUAAAGCCCUGUUCUUUGUCCCUGA